UUUCUCGUUCCUUCAUUCGUUCGCGUUGUUGGUGUAGUGCGGAUCAUCAAAAUUUUAAUUUAUAUGUGAAAUCCUUACAUAUUUAUAUAAAAAGUACUCAUUUAUUAUUAAAUUGUGACUUAUUAAUAUAUAUGAGCUUAAAUAAAUCAAGUUUAAAAAAUGUAUUAUCUUUAAUAAACUCAUUAUAAUAAACAAGUGCUUUAAAACUACUAAAGGUUCGGUGUCAAGAAAAGUGGAAGGGAUAACGAUUAAAAAAUCACAUACCAAUCAAAGAAAAACCUUGGGGUGAAAAGAAUCAAAGUAACGAAGUAUACCUGAGGGAUUGAAUGAAAGCCAUAAAAAACUAAAGAUAAUUACUAAAGGAAACGAAAUUCAAUCAUUCAUAAAAUAUAUAUAUAAAAUUACAAGCGAAUACUUAUCUAAUUCAAAAGUGUGGAUAUAUUUGACGAGCCGAAAACUUGUUGCAAUUUGUGACGAAAAUAAAUAAGCACAAAUUUUAAACUUCCUUCACUAAGGGAGAACAGCAUCACUGCCGGGAAAAUGCAGAUUUCUUGUAAAUGCUUAAAUUUCAUUGCCACCAGUAAUAGUCAGGCGGCAAAUAGCAAUGUUGGAAGCAUUAGUGCUAGCAUCUAUAAUGGGAUAUCGGCAAUUGAUUCAUAUUCUUUACGAAACCCUGCUGAUGAUGACAGCAGCAUGCCAUUAGCGCAACAAUUUAUUGGCGGUUGCAAUAAUGCCGGCAAUGCAAACAACUCAAACAACCUGUGCACUACAUUAAUGCAUGCGUUCUUACAGCGUUACCCACGAACGUUCAUCUUCUAUUCGCAGUGCAUGGAAUUCUUCAAACAGGCUAUUGGUCCUAUAAUGGAUCUUAACAUCCAUACGUUAAGUCAGAGGGAUUUGGUCUACAGUGUAACACUGGAAGUGCCAACUGGGCAAGAACAUCCGCCUACACAUGCCUGGCAGCUAAGCAUAUGCAUUAAUUGCAAUACGGCGCUCUGUGCCAAACGCCUACCCACGCAAUCGCCGCCCGCGUCAUCGAACGGUGCACCCGCACCACUUACAAUUAACCCACCGCAAUUUCUAAUUAAUUGUUCGCUACUUACAAAUAACGAGGAAUUGGCACUGAGACGUGCGGACAAAUCCUUUUCCGAUACCUUUGGCCUACUGAUUAUGGACCAUCCACAGUUGCAGUUGGAGCAGGCGAAUGCUGGUCCAUUAAAUAACUUUUCAGUUGGUUCUUUAUCGACAACAUCACUGCAACUGGAUAUGAAGCAGCAACGUUUGCGUCAGUUACAACAGAACUUGCAACAACGACUCAAACGUGAAAUCGCCGAAACGGACGAGCGCAUACAACGCUUUACUGAGCAACAGUUUGCCUUGUUAAAGAGCUUCCGCGAAAAAUCCGAGCAGGAGUAUGCAUUACUUGGUCGUCUAAUUCAACGAGUGCCCGAACAACAGGCAAUCGAUUUCUUAGACCGUGCACUGCCAGCAUUAGAAGUGGUUGGUGGCGGCAAUUAUGUGUCACGUCGCCGCAAUACGAUUUCUAGUCGUCGCGACAUGACGUCUGUUACGACACCCACAACACCAACAACACCGAAUCCUACAAGUGGUUUGCAUAUGCUUUCACUGCCGUUGAACACAACAACGUCAACUACAACAGCCAGUGCCAUGGAUACAACAAUUACUCAGGGAGUUGGUGGUACAACAGCACUCACGCCAUCAACGACGAGCAUAGGAUUGACGACGACGAUUGUCGGUAGCGGCAGUAUAAAUCGGCGUUUAUCGAACUUUGAUACACCACCGGCAACACCAGAAGCUACACCCAUGAGUGUGGGUAACAGUCCCACCUUCCGACCGCAACAACAGCAACAUUCGUCACUGACACAACAACAAUUUGUACGCAUUGCGUCAAACUCCUUUCAACAACAGUUCCCAACGCCAACAGUUGAAAUGGGCGACGACUGCCUGUUCGAACUGGAGGGCAUUGACGGCGGUAGCUCGGCAAGCGGUGUUGGUGUGAACACACCAUUUAGUGUGCUCGGUUCAAAUUUGUCACAAAAACUGCCAUAUCAACAACGAUCUCUGAACAAUCACCCGCAUCCGCAUCAGCAUCAACAUCACCACUAUCACGGUAGGGAUAUGAGCGAUGUGGACGAAAGUGAGGAUGACGCUGCUGAAGCGGAAGUGGCUCUUGACCUGGAUAGUUCAAUGCCCUUACCUACGAGUGCACGCCCAAUCGUUGACGGGCAACAGCGACCAGGCGCAACCAGCGCAGCCGAUGUCAUGAAUUUCGCCAAGAGUCUGCCAAUUGAAAUAGCAAAUUCACCAAUGACUACAGGACGCUCAUAUGUGAACGCGCUGCAAGAAGACGAAUUGGACAAUACUGUCGACAUCGCUGCGAGCAUUAAAGCACUCGCCAAAAGCGUCCACGGUGAAGCAGUGUUCGGUGAUUUACCACGCCCACGCAUGCGUUCACAAAUUUAAAUGUACACAAGCACAACGUUAACUUAUGCACGGAUUAACAAAGUAUAUUGGUAUUUACAUGAACUAUACUAGUUUGCUCAACGAAAUAAAUAAUCAACAAAUUAAGUUAAAGUGCUGGAGUCAUCAUUAACACAUAAUGUUUUUACACAACCACAAUGCAUAUUUUCAUAUUACGAGCAUACGAGUACAUCCAUUAGAAUAUUAAGUAUAAUUAAAUAUAAGUAACUAACUUCUCCUCUAUUAGCUUUAUAUUUCUUUUUGAAUCGUUGUAAUGGAAAAUAUGAAAUAUUUAAAAAACAAAAAUAUGCCAUUAAUCGUAGACAAUUUCGCUUUGAUAUUUGAAGAACGUUAAGUACAGCAGCAAAAAAAUAUGCUACAUACGCUAAGAAUUACAACACAAAUUCUUUUUAUUGCUGUCUCAUGCUGUCCCUUUAAAUACAUUUAAUUAUAUUAAUUGGCACUGUAAAACAAAUAAGGAAUAUUCGCAUAAGUCAAAUUAAACGUUUCAUCUAAACAUUUCGAAUGCAUUUGUAAAGUAUAUGCAUAUAAACUUUUGUCGCGAGCUAUGCCAACACUAAAGUUUUUCUUUUUGGCAUAAGUUAUUAUCUUAUCAAUCAUUAUAAUGAAAUCAAGUUUAAUUUUUAACUUUAAUUUGUAAUAGCUUUAAGUUUGUGUUUUUAUAUGCUUUUUCAAACAAACAAUCUGCAUACUGUAACAGCUUUAAUGGAACAAAACAUUUAAAAUUGCUUAUAAACGUAAAAGCAUCCAUACACAUACAUAUAUAAAUACAGACACAUGUAAAUUCAUAAAGAUUUUUAUAUGGGUGACGUUUUUUUUCUAACAAGGCAACAAAUGAAAAAUAAAAAAGUAAAAUAAAAUAAAACACCCGGUUAUUCUAGCAAAUUAAGCUACUUUAUAAAAUUUUAAUGAGUCGUUUGUUUGUUAGUUGCUACAUCCUUUGAAUUAGUAAACAUUACUUUGUUUAAAUAAUAAUUAUGCAAUGUUAAGCAUAAUAUAUAAAAAAAAAAAAAUUUUUUUUUUGACAUAAGCAUAAAUGCAAGAUGGCACAAACAAUAAUAUUUCGCAUCCACACCUUAGCUUUUUUUGCCUUAAUGCAUAUGCACAUAUUGGAUGUUAAGAAAAAAUUGCUCUUCCUAAGCUUAUCUACAAACAUACAUUCACAUGUACGUAUAUGCCUUAUAAUACAAAUAAACAAAUUUAUAUUGAA